CACAGAGGAGAAACGUUAUAAAUGCCUAGUGUGUGGAAAGAGCUUCAGUGACAGUACACAACUCACUAUCCAUGAAAGAAUUCACACAGGGGAGAAACCAUACAAAUGCCUGGAGUGUGGAAAAAGUUUCUGUCAGAGUACACACCUUACUCGCCAUCAAAGAGUUCACUCAGGCGAGAAACCAUAUAAAUGCCUGGAGUGUGGUAAAAGAUUCACUCAGCGUGCAAGCCUUUCUUCUCACCAAAAUAUACACACGGGAGAAACCAUAUACAUGCCUGGAGUGUGGAAAGAGCUUCAGGAGCAGAGGAUCCUUUGCUGUUCAUCAAAGAAUUCACACAGGGGAGAAACAUUAUAAAUGCCUGGAGUGUGGAAAGAGCUUCGGGGAAAGUGGAUCCCUUGCUGUUCAUCAAAGAAUUCACACAGGGGAGAAACCAUACAAAUGUAUGGAGUGUGGAAAGAGCUUCAGGCGCAGUGGAUCCCUUGCUGUUCAUCAAAGAAUUCAUACAGGGGAGAAACCAUACAAAUGCCUGGAGUGUGGGAAAAACUUCAGACAGAGAGAAGCCCUUACUUACCAUGAAAGAACUCACACAGGGGAGAAACCUUGUAAGUGCUUAGAGUGUGGAAAGAGCUUCAGGAACAGUGGAUCUCUUGCACUUCAUGAAAGUAUUCACACGGAGGUAAAACCAUACAAAUGCCUGGAGUGUGGGAAAAGCUUCAGUCGGAAGUCAUACCUUACUGUCCAUGAAAGAAUUCACACAGAGGAAAAAGCAUACAAAUGCCUGGAGUGUGGGAAAAGCUUCAGUCAAAGACAAGCCUUUACUUACCAUCAAAGAACUCACAGAGAGGAGAAACCAUAUAAAUGCCAGGAGUGCGGGAAAAGCUUCUGUCGAAGUGGAGAUGUUGCUGUUCAUCAAAGAAUGCACACAGGGGAGAAACCUUAUAAAUGCCUGGAGUGUGGAAAGCGCUUCAGUCAUAGGCAAUCCUUUACUUACCAUCAAAGAGUUCACAGAGAGGAGAAACAUUAUAAAUGCCGGGAGUGUGGAAAAAGCUUCAGGGGCAGUAGAUCCCUUUCUGUUCAUCAAAUAAUUCACACAGGGGAGAAACCGUACAAAUGCCUGGAGUGUGGGAAAAGCUUCAGUCUGAGUGGAUCCCUUGCUAUUCAUGAAAGUAUUCACACAAGAGAGAAAGAAAUGCCUUGAAUGUGGGAAAAGCUUCAGUCAAAGAGGAAUCCUUAUUUCCCAUCAAAGCAUCCAUCAAACCUUAUAAAGUCAUAGAAUGUGGAAAAAGCUUCACUCAUAGUUCAAAUCUUACUUCCCGUCAAACAAUUUGCAUAAGCCUGAAAUCACAUCUAUGCUAGGAGGAUGGAAAAACCUUCAGUCAGAGUGGAAGCCUUGCUUUUCCUCAAAGAACUCACAAUGUUCGAAAUGUAUGGAAAGGUUGCAAACUGACUCUGAAAAUUGGGAAGUAAUAUAAAACUAACAGAAACAAAACAGAAAAGAGCAAGAGUCCAGUAGCACCUAUUAGACUCAAGAUUUGUGGUAGGGUAUGAGCUUUUGUGGGCCACAGCUCACUUCUUCAGAUAUAUUGCUACAAAAUGAUUAACACGGUUACCCAGUUUUAUCUAUCUCUAAAUUAAAUCGACAAACCUUGAACUUACCUGCUGGGACUAGGAGACUCUUAACCACUGGCAUGGUUUACUCCCAAAUUCCUACAAAAAAAGCAAAAGAAAAUGAAUUUUGAUUGGACUUUACGGCCACAAAAUUUUGUAUAUGUGGUAGAAAAGAGCAAGGAUCCAGUUGUACCUAUACAACAGCUCACUUCUUCACGAAAGGUCAUACCCCACCAGAGAGCCAAUUUUAUGUAGUGGUUAAGAGUGACAGGUCUCUAAUCUGGUGAGCCAGGUUUGAGUCCCCUCUCCUCCGCUUGAAGCCAGCUGGGUGACCUUGGGUCAGUCACAGCUUUUAGGAGCUCUCUCAGCCCCACCAACCUCACAGGGUGUUUGUUGUGGGAAUAAUAAUGACAUACUUUGUAAAUCACUCUGAGUGGGUGAUUUACACUCUGAGUGGGGGAUAGAGCACAAAGUCUCUAUCCCUUCACACCUGGCUGCAAUUCAGCACAGCAUCCAGACAAGAAUAAAAGAACAUGAAAGACACUGCAGACUUGGACAACCUGAAAAAUCAGCAGUGGCUGAACAUAGCCUAACUCAAACAGGACACAGUAUCUUAUUCCAGGACACCAAAAUACUGGACAACACUUCUAACUACUUUGUCAGACUGCACAGGGAAGCCAUUGAAAUUCACAAGCAUAAGCAAAACUUCAACAGGAAAAAAGAGACUUUAAGAAUGAAUAGAGCAUGGUUUCCAGUUCUGAAAAACACCAGGCUAACAAAAGACUCUACAACCCACAAUAGACCUGCAGAGAAGAUUAGCAUAUCAAGCACCAAUCCGUAUGCAAAAGAACCUCCUCAGGAUACAGUGAAGCAUUAGCACUCCAUUAGCAUUCCACACCCUGGGAAACCCUUACAGGAUGAAACAACCCAACCCACCUUUCUGAGUAGAUAUAAAUCACCUGUAAACAUCUCCUCCACAGUUUGACACUGAGAGAUCCCUGUCUUUCGGGGCUACACCUCUGAAGAUGCCAGUCACAGCUGCUGGCGAAACGUCAGGAACUACAAUGCCAAGACCAUAGCAAUACAGCCCGGAAAAUCCACAACAACCAUCGUUCUCCGGCCGUGAAAGCCUUCACAAUACAUCAUUCUCUGUGUUUGUAUGAUUCCUCUUUUAUUCCUCUUCUAAUAAAAACCUUUC